CGACGCUAAACUAAGGGAUUACCGAAGUUAGAUAGAACUUAGUACUCCUGAGUAGCUAUUUCAGGCUACUACUUUUAGGCCUAUAAAUUUAUUUACUUUUGAGUUGCCACUGAGCAAGCAUGUGGAUGGAGCAAUGUUUCUUUGUCUAUUUCCUGUUUUACGCUUCAGGUUUUCAUUCGGAAUUCGCAACAGCAGACGCCAAUGCUCACGAUAUGGAUAGACUUCAUAAGACUUUGUUUUCUGCGUACAACCCCCUUGUACGCCCGAGUCUCAACUACAGUAAACCAACAGAUGUGGACGCCAAUCUCGUCGUUGCCACCAUUAUCGGCUUGGACAUUAAAAAAAUGGUACUGAAAUUUAGUGGAGUUAUGACUUUUCAAUGGGUAGAUGAACUACUGAUGUGGGACCCAUCCAACUACUCGGGUAUUCAAGACAUGCUCGUGUUGGGAGAAAUGAUAUGGAGACCCAAAGUAGCAGUGGCAAAUGCAAUGACCGAUCAAAACUAUUUUAAGACGGAUGGCGAUCUUGUGAGUGUCCAGCACACAGGACAAGUCCGAUGGCAGCCAAUAGUAAACGUUGAGGUCGUCUGCGAGGUUGAUGUAUCAAAUUACCCAUUUGAUACUCAGUCGUGUGGGAUGCUGGUCAGCUCCUGGAUGACAGAUAACCAAACAAUAAAUCUAAGACCCCUAGAGCCGGCUGUUGAGUGUAAAUCCUUCUUGUCGAGUGGUCAAUUCCACAUACAGCCUGAUACGGUGAUCGAAAAAGACUACGUCUAUGAUGGCAAACACUACAUAUCAUUGUUCUUUAGAAUCAAGUUAACCAGACAACCAGUGUAUUUGAUUCUGACUCUGCUGAUUCCUAUCACCCUGCUGGCCUUCCUGAGUCUCGUCUCGUUUCUGAUGUCUCCCGACGAGCCCGAGAAGUUGUCCGUGUCCAUCACGGUACUGCUGUCGUUUACAGUGUUCAUUGGCAUUAUCGACAGCAACCUGCCUGAGACAUCGGACAGGAUUUCCUACUUAGUUGUCUAUGUCUCGGUCCUGUUGCUCAUCUCUUUUCUCGGUGUUAUUGGCAAUGCUGUCGUCUACGUCAUACACCGUUGGGAACGAGCCACCGAUAAGCACGCGGACCUAAACCGGACAGCCAAUCAGAUUUUGCCAAUCUGUGAUCUCUGCCAAUCAAAACAUACGCCCUCUCCAACCACAAAAAGCAACCCCGAAGAAGUGGAGAGAAAAACAAAGGCGGUAACCCUAACAACUACAUUUGCCCAAAAAUUAAACAAUUACUUCAUUUUUAUUAAUUCGUUUAUGAUAGUGGCUUUGAUAUCAAUAAUUAUUAUUUAUGCUGAAAUGCAUUAAGCUGACUUUACAUUAUUUCAAUUUGUAUCGUGUUUUUUUUUGGCUUGGCUUAAAUGGGGCGUAUAUUAGUCGUUCGAACUUUGCAUUUAAAAAAAAUACUGUUAACAUUGGAAAUUUCCUGUUAUUUUGUACUUUUAGAAGAUUUUGAUCUUGUAUUGUAAAUUAUAAUAAAAAUAUAUCAUCAGCAUUGUCAGUAUGCAUUUAGGGGUGGUAGGGUUUGCUGAACUAUCACUUAUCAGUCAUUUUAGAAGGUUGGUCUUUGUGUUCAUAUAAAUAAGGUAAAAAUGCGUGAUACCAUUUCCUAAAUAUUUUUAAAAAUUAUUUACAGACGACACCAAAUAGGAAGUUUUGGGAUUUGUUAUGUGCUCUGUUAGAAUGGUAUAACAUUAUGUUGAUUAUGUUAAGAAAAAGUGUUUGUUUAAACUUACUGUCAUCAUGUGACGUAAUUGCCGCUAGAAAUAAGGGGUCGUCCAUAAAUGACGUCACACUCGUCGGGGGGAGGGGGUCCGUAAUUUUGUGACGGCGUGUGAUGAGGGGGAGGGGUU